AAAGAGUCCUUCAGGAGAGCGGAAAAAAUCAGCACUUGUACUAUCCGUGAAAUGUGUAGAAAGAUAACAGAAGCUACCCUCCUCAGAAAAAAUGAUGAGUUUGAUGAAAAGAAAUUAACAAGCUGUGUGGGUGUGCUGCACAUGAUCAGCCAUGCUUGCUAAGUCUGUCUGUUGGCUGUUGCUAUGGCUACGAAAAGCCAGUGGAACCCAAUGAGCUGUCUGCAGCCGUGCUGGGAGGACCAGCCAUUUUACUUAUGGAAAACAGUGUGGCAUUCUGCUGAGCUUCCCCCUGGAAGAAGCCUCUUUUUAUACAUCUCUUCAGGGAAGACAGAAGCAAUGGGCAUAUUCAUACACAAUGAUCAGAGCCACGCAGGCCUGCAAGCUGCCAUUUGGACAGGCUGUUGACUGCUGUUGCAAUUAGCUGAUUGGAGCAUGUGGAAUGCAGAGUGAUAAUGUUGCUAUCAGGCAGCAGCAAAGGUUUUUGUCUUGGGAAGGCAAGCUUUCCCUGCAAUAUUAUCUCAGCAGCUCCCUAGCUGCUCACCCUGAAAACGAGGGAUCCAAACGGAGGGUGUUGCCCUCUGCUAAGGCUGGCCCUGUGCGUGGCUGUGACACAGGAGCGGCAGGUCUGAAAAAGCAGGUGUGUGUUGGACGGGCGCUGGACUGGAACGCAGGUGGACGCUCUCCAGUUUACCUGCUUCCUGUUAACAGACUGUGGGCUCCCAGGGCAUACCCUGCAGGGUGAGGCUGAGGCGGAGAAGGGGCUUCCCACGACACUAACAGAGACACUUGGAUUGGACUUAAUCUUAAACCUCUGGAGUUCAAGACCUUUUAAAAAGGGCUAAAUAAACAAUCUCUACAAGGAAAAGGCCACUGACUCCUACUUCCUCUGUGUAGAGCAACUGUUGAACUCAGCUGCCUGUAGGAAAACUGAAGACUUUAAUAACAAACUCUCCAAGGUCAAAAUGAACACAGAUAGUGGUGGGUCUGCUCGCAAACGUGCUGCCAUGUCUGUCACGCUAACAUCUGUGAAGAGAGUGCAAAGUUCUCCAAACCUAUUGGCUGCAGGGCGCGAUUCUCAGUCACCAGACUCAGCUUGGAGAUCUUACCAUGGCAAUCAAGAGACACUGAACGGAGAUGCUACAUAUUCCUCUCUUGCAGCAAAAGGUUUUCGAAGCGUUCGACCAAACCUACAAGAUAAAAGAUCACCAACUCAGGCACCCCCUCCACCAGACAGAAAAGAGAGCUUUCAUAGCUCUUUGAUAACCAGUCACCCAAAAGGUGUCUUUUUAGACCAGUUAGUAACUAACACACAAACUCCCUCCUGUACAGAGUACUUUGCUAACCAAAAACCUCUUCAGGGAACUAUGUAUUCCAAUGAAGACUCCAGACAGACAAUUGUAUAUUCUGAAGAAUCUAACACAACCGUGUCAUAUACACAAAAAAUCACUAAUCCAUUACCAGCAGCUUCCAGCACGGAUCCUACACCAUUCACUAACAUCAACACCCCAGUUCUACAAGAGGACUACAGGCAUGAUUCUCAAACUCGGAGAAUUUCUACCUUGAAACUAACCCAUAACCAGGAUCUAGGAAGUAGCAGCCCCAUUAAUACUCCACAGUUUUCCAAACCUGUCGAAGUUCCAUCAUUUCUCCAAAGGUCCUGCUCACUGCCCCCUCAUCCAGCGCAUGAGACACACACAGCCUGUCUUUCCAUCCAGAUAGCUCCCCUUUCAGGCCAGGAUCCUCAAAGCCACCAACGGCUACCUGAGCUUCCUCCAGAGACUGCAAAGAUACCUCUUCAGCGAGACAGACAAAAAUCUGCCGUUGCAGUGGCCUCGCAGUCCUCAGACUGCAGGGUGCUUGGAAAUCAGAACUUACCUGCCAGUGUGUUGGAGGUAAAUGCUUCACAGACACACAGACAAACCACACCAGAAGCCUCUCCUCCAUGCCCUCCUUCCGUGGUACCUUUGAACCGAGCCACUUUCUCACCAGGCAGUGUUGCCAGCUCAGCAUCACUUAGCCUUCCACCACCCGAUGGUUUGGGGUCUUCACGCCUGCAUACGCCCCAGAGCCUUUCCCACUGCCUAUACAAACACCUGCUCCCAGCUCCUGAAAGCCUUAUCCACAGCCACGACACAGGCUCUCUGACUACAGACUCCUCCCUGGCCGAGCACUCCUCCCGCUCGGAGAGCGAGUCCUCCACAGCCAUGCUAGAGGAGCUGCAGAUUGGUGACUCUGACACCGCGGGCCAUUCUGAGACACCCUCCCCCACCUGGGGUCAGAGGUCUGCUGUGACAGAUGGCACCACCUUAACCACCCCUGCGGCCAUUCAUAGCCAGAUAACAGUGAAUGGAAACUCUGGAGGUGCCGUGAGUCCCAUGAGUUACUAUCAGAGGCCGUUUUCCCCCUCGGCGUAUUCUCUGCCAGCCUCACUCAACUCCAGCAUUGUCAUGCAGCACGGCACGUCCCUUGAUUCUGCAGAGACAUAUCCCCAGCAUGCACAGUCUCUGGACGGCACCAGCACCAGCUCUAUCCCACUGUACCGAUCCUCAGAGGAAGAGAAGAGAGUGACGGUCAUCAAAGCCCCGCAUUACCCAGGGAUCGGGCCCGUGGAUGAAUCCGGAAUCCCCACAGCAAUUAGAACGACGGUCGACCGGCCGAAGGACUGGUACAAGACGAUGUUUAAGCAGAUUCACAUGGUGCACAAGCCGGAUGAUGACACAGACAUGUAUAAUACCCCUUACACAUAUAAUGCAGGUCUGUACAACCCACCGUACAGUGCUCAGUCACACCCUGCUGCAAAGACCCAAACCUACAGACCUCUUUCCAAAAGCCACUCCGACAACAGCACACAUGCCUUUAAGGAUGCGUCCUCCCCAGGGCCUCCCCCUCAUGUUCCCCCGCCAGUCCCACCGCCUCGACCAAGGGAUCGGUCUUCAACAGAAAAGCAUGACUGGGAUCCUCCAGACAGAAAAGUGGACACAAGGAAAUUUCGGUCUGAGCCAAGGAGUAUUUUUGAAUAUGAACCUGGCAAGUCAUCAAUCCUGCAGCAUGAAAGACCACCCCCUCUCCCAACAACUCCGACACCUGUUCCAAGGGAACCUGGCCUGAAGCCUCUUUCUGGCUCUGGACUCGGAGGAGUCGCUGCCAGCCCCUCCCCUCCGCCCCGGAGUGGCGCCCCCACGCCAAGCGCGUGCGCCCCGGCUCUGCCUCCCACCCGGACCGAUCGCAUAAAUCCAGAUGACAUAGAUUUAGAAAAUGAGCCCUGGUAUAAAUUCUUUUCAGAACUGGAGUUUGGACGCCCGCCUCCUAAAAAGCCUCUGGACUAUGUUCAAGAUCAUUCUUCUGGUGUUUUCAAUGAGGCCUCCUUGUAUCAGUCCUCCAUAGACAGAAGCCUGGAAAGACCCAUGAGUUCUGCAAGCACGGCCAGUGACUUCAGGAAACGGAGGAAGAGCGAGCCUGCAGUGGGUCCACCACGGGGCCUGGGAGAUCAAAACGCGAGCAGGACCAGCCCUGGCCGAGCGGACCUCCCCGGAUCAAGCACUACCCUUACAAAGUCUUUCACUAGUUCUUCGCCUUCUUCCCCAUCGAGAGCAAAAGGUGGGGAUGAUAGCAAAAUGUGUCCAUCCCUUUGCAGUUACUCAGGGCUCAACGGCAACCCCCCAAGUGAGUUAGAUUACUGUAGCACUUAUAGACAGCACUUGGACGUCCCUCGGGACUCACCAAGGGCCAUUACUUUCAAGAAUGGCUGGCAAAUGGCCCGGCAAAAUGCAGAAAUCUGGAGCAGCACGGAAGAAACCGUUUCUCCCAAAAUCAAAUCCCGUAGCUGUGACGAUCUCCUAAAUGAUGACUGCGAUAGCUUCCCGGACCCGAAAAUUAAGUCGGAAAGCAUGGGCUCCCUCUUAUGUGACGAGGACUCCAAGGAGAGCUGCGCCAUCACCUGGGGGUCCCCCUACAUCCAGGAGGUUCGCGGUAACGGCAGAUCGAGGAUCAGACACCGGUCAGCCCACAACGCCCCGGGGUUCCUGAAAAUGUACAAGAAAAUGCACCGCAUUAACCGCAAGGAUCUGAUGAAUUCCGAGGUGAUCUGCUCCGUGAAGUCCAGGAUCCUGCAGUAUGAGAACGAGCAGCAGCCCAAGGGCCUGGGGCACGCGUGGAGCCAGUCCUCCACGGAGGAGGUGCCCCGCGACAUGGUGCCCACGCGCAUUUCCGAAUUCGAAAAGCUGAUUCAGAAGUCCAAAUCCAUGCCCAACUUAGGGGAUGACACGCUCUCUCCCGUGACCCUGGAACCGCCACAGAACGGCUUAUGUCCCAAGAGGCGAUUCUCCAUCGAGUAUUUGCUGGAGGACGAGGACGAAGGCGGGCGCCCCGCUCAGGCCCCGCGGGGCUGCGCGUCCAGCGCACUGGUGCCCAUUCACAUCGAGGUCACCAGCCACGAGCAGCCCCGGGCCCACGUGGAGUUUUCCGACAGCGACCAGGACGGGGUCGUGUCUGACCACAGCGACUACAUUCACGUGGAGGGGUCAUCGUUCUGCAGCGAGAGCGACUUCGAUCACUUUUCCUUCACCUCCUCUGAAAGCUUCUACGGAUCCAGCCAUCACCACCACCACCACCACCACCACCACCGGCACCUCAUCAGCUCCUGCAAGGGCAGGUGCCCGGCCUCCUACACCCGAUUUACCACGAUGCUGAAACACGAAAGGGCCAGACACGAAAACACGGAGGAGCCCCGCAGGCCGGAGAUGGACCCCGGCCUUUCCAAGCUCGCCUUUCUGGUCAGCCCGGUGCCUUUCCGGAGGAAAAGAAACGCAGCUCCUAAGAAACAGACGGAAAAGGCGCCGUGCAAGGCGUCCGUGAUCGAGGCGCUCGACUGCGCCCUGAAAGACAUCUGUGACCAGAUCAAGGCGGAGAAGACGCGGGGGAGCCUGCCGGGCAACAGCAUCCUGCACCGCCUCAUCAGCGAGCUGCUGCCGGACGUGCCCGAGCGGAACUCGUCCCUGGGCGCGCUGAGGAGGGGCCCCCUGCACCUGCCUCUCCGCCCGCCGCCCCAGGACGGUGCUAUCCACUGCCCACCCUACCACAGCGAUGGCGGGAGAACGCCUCACAGUGCCUCUUUCCAGGACGCGGACACAGCCAGCAGCAACCACCACCACCAAGACCGUGGCGGUGCACUCCAAGACCGCGAGUCCCCUAGAAGUUACUCAUCCACUUUGACUGACAUGGGGAGAAGUGCACCAAGGGAAAGAAGAGGAACUCCAGAAAAAGAGAAAUUGCCUGCAAAAGCUGUUUAUGAUUUUAAGGCUCAGACAUCUAAGGAGUUGUCAUUUAAGAAAGGAGAUACUGUCUACAUUCUCAGGAAAAUUGAUCAAAAUUGGUAUGAGGGAGAACACCAUGGAAGAGUGGGCAUUUUCCCAAUCUCAUACGUAGAGAAACUCACACCUCCUGAGAAAGCACAGCCCGCAAGACCACCCCCGCCAGCCCAGCCUGGAGAGAUUGGAGAGGCUAUAGCCAAAUACAACUUCAACGCAGACACAAACGUGGAGCUGUCACUCAGAAAGGGAGAUAGAGUUAUUCUUCUUAAAAGAGUUGAUCAAAACUGGUAUGAAGGUAAAAUCCCAGGAGCCAACAGACAAGGCAUCUUCCCUGUUUCCUAUGUGGAAGUCGUCAAGAAGAACACAAAAGGUGCUGAGGAUUACCCUGACCCUCCAAUACCCCACAGCUAUUCUAGUGAUAGGAUUCACAGCCUGAGCUCAAACAAGGCUGACCUAAAAAGCGAGAUGUGUGUCCUGGGUAAGCCUCCUCGCAGCCCAGUGAUGUCUAAGAGAUCCUGCAGCUCACCUGUCAGAGGGCUCAGCAGUUCCCACAGGCCACAGCGUCCUGUGUUUACUCAUGAAAAUAUUCAAGGUGGGGGGGAACCGUUUCAGGCUCUAUAUAACUAUACUCCUAGGAACGAAGAUGAGCUGGAACUCAGAGAAAGUGACGUCAUUGAUGUGAUGGAAAAGUGUGAUGAUGGCUGGUUUGUGGGAACCUCAAGAAGAACCAAAUUCUUUGGUACCUUCCCCGGAAACUACGUCAAAAGGCUGUGAAUGACUCUCCCUCCUUAUGCAGGCCGCCUUUCAGCCAUGCACCUGCGUCACCGCGCCUCGGACACCCCGCGGGCCUCCCGUUGUCAUGCCUUAUGGUUUCCAACGCACUGUCGCCAUCUCCACCUGCCAGCAAACCACCAGCAGAGUCACUGCCGCUGCUGUGAGCCUGGGGGCGACAUGGCAGGCUGGCCUCCCCGUGAAAGUGCGGAUUCCUACUUCCUGCCCUAAGCUUUGACAGUCAGAAUGUGGGAUCAGAAAGAAAAUCAUGAUACUUAAAAAUGGUCAAAUACUUGAGGAAAAAAAAUUAAAAAAGCAUCUCCAGGAGGCUCUCCAGCCUCAUGGCUCUGCUUCAACGUCUCUCCCCAGGCGAUGUUCUCCCCCCCAAGACAACCAGAAAAUUGUUGAUUGGGAAAUGCUGUGGUUUGCGUUUUCACAUUCUUAGCUUGGCAGUGUAUAUUCUUCUCACAAGUUUGCCUCGUGUCUUGGUUUACACCAUAUGACAACUGUAGCUGUACUUUAGCAAUUGUUUGCCUGCACAUAUAUGUUGUAACAUGCACAGUGAUUACAGCCUUUAAAGCAAGAGGAGGAAAGUUAAUCUGGAUGAGUGCGAUUUUGUUGGUUGAAUGUGAGUUUUCAAAUAGGAAUCCUCUUCUGCAAUUUUUUUUUGGACUUUUUAGAAGUGCAAACAGUAAAUGAAUAAGAGCCUUUGGUAAUAACCAUGACAAUACAAGAGGCUGAGCUAGACUACAGGGGAAAACUAUUGUGUUGUAAAAUUGCAUCGCUAUUUUAUAUUAAAAUGUAACGAUCAGCAUCAUGAACAGUGAGCUCUUAGUGUUUUAUUUAUCUGAAAAAAAUGUAAGUAAAAGCAGUGUUAGUGAGAGGUGCAAAGAAUUAUUCUAACAUAGACACUUGAAAGUAUCUGUAAGCAAUACUAGUAGGUAAGAUUUCACUGUGUGUACACAUAAACAUUUGAGAUUGUAUGACAACAUAUAAUCCAUAUAUGUUGUACAUUUUAUGGAAAUGUAAUAGAAUCUCACACGUUAUUUUAUAGAAAUAGAGUACAGAAGCAUCACAAGUAUUAAGGUUGGUUUUAGCAAGGAUUAUGAUUAAUACAAUUAUUUUUACUAUAAUAAUUAUUUUUCUUCUAUGGAACUCAGAAUCCUGGCUACAUUUGAGGACAGGAAUAUGUUGAGCCUGAUUUUCCUGGUGUGUGUAAAAUAUUUCCUAGGAAUAAAUUAGGCACUUUUUAGAAACAAUGUUAAAUCAUUCAGGUUUUAUUUUCUGCCCUGAAGCAGAAAUUUACAAAAUGAUAUUGGGACCUGAAAGAUUUAAUAUAGUUCACAGUGCCUAAAUUACACAUACUCCGAGAACUAGCUUUGUAUUUCUUAUGACUUUGCAUAAGAACUAUUCAUCUUUGGAUCUUGAGCACCUUAUAGAUAAAACUUUUUAUGGCAUUUCUCCCCUGGACAGUGAUUGAUCUUUUCACAAUGUACGUAGCCUCUAGAAUUUUGUACAUAUGUUUGCUCUUUUUUUGUACAGACUAUUUAGUUGCUGAGAAAACAGGGAAGUUUCCUGAUUUGGUCUUGAUUAGCCUUUCCCUGUCUCACAGAUCUCAAGCACCCCUAGAUAGUGUCAUUCUGUCAGACAGCAUUUAUGCAAAAAUCUAUGAAGUUAAAAGAUCGUAGAAGCCAAACUGAAAUGUACAUAUAUACAGACUGAUUACAAAGGAAUUUCAUUAGGAAUAAGGUAAAGAAACAUCUUUGAGUAGCCUACCUUGAUUUCUGUCAAGUUCACAACCAGCUUUAUAUUUUAAAGGCUUUGGGUUUGAAAUUAAAUCAAGUGCAUGCAGCUUUGCUGAUAAAUGAAUAAUUAUCUUUGAUGCCAUUUAUGGGAAAAGACUUCAAUAUCUGUUGCCUGUCAUAUUUAAGAAAAAUUACUGUUUCUACUCUCUGUAUCUGAUUUUAAAAGAAAAAAAUAUUCAUACCUGGCUUCCAGGAAUUGACUUUGAAUUCGUACAAGCAAAGGCCAUUGUGUUUUUCUUGAAUAGACAUCUAAUAAAUUUUGCUUGGAAGUAUA